UAGUGAAGUAAGCUAAAAAAAAUAGGGUUUUAUAAAAGCAAAAACAAAGAAGAAGAUAGAGAGGGAAAAGAGAAGAACAUCGCAAAAUACUAAUGUGUUUGUGAAGUGAAUACAAUGGCACCAGUCCUACUACGUCGUCUUCCUCUCCUUCGCUUCAUGGCUUCUCGCACUUUCUUCACUCCCUCUUCCUUCCGUCUUCAUUCUUCUUCAUCUCUUCCACUUUCCAUUCUCUCUAAACCCAGGAAGAGAUUUUCUCUUAGGAAAUUUUCUGUUCCUAGUUUGGUGUCAAAUGGUGUUACUCCAAGGGCUUAUAUGUCUUCUUUAUCAGCAGCUGAAGAUAUUCAUAAGAACGACAGUUCUAAAGCUUAUGGUUCUGAUCAAAUUCAGGUACUUGAAGGAUUGGACCCUGUAAGAAAAAGGCCUGGGAUGUAUAUUGGAAGCACUGGCCCGCGCGGGUUGCAUCAUUUGGUUUAUGAAAUUUUGGAUAACGCUGUUGAUGAAGCUCAAGCUGGAUUUGCUUCCAAGAUUGAUGUUGUUUUACAUGCAGAUGAUUCCGUCAGCAUUGCUGACAAUGGUCGCGGGAUUCCUACCGACAUGCAUCCAACUACAAAGAAAUCUGCUUUAGAGACAGUGUUGACGAUCUUGCACGCUGGUGGAAAAUUUGGUGGCAUCAACAGUGGCUACUCUGUUUCAGGAGGUUUGCAUGGUGUUGGUUUAUCUGUUGUUAACGCCUUGUCUGAGGCACUAGAGGUAACAGUAUGGCGUGAAGGGCUGGAAUACACACAAACAUAUUCUCGUGGGAAGCCGGUGACAACUCUGAACUGUGUCAUGCUUCCUUUCGAAAAUAAAGAUCGCCAAGGAACACGUAUCAAGUUUUGGCCUGACAAAGAAGUAUUCACCACCGCUAUUGAAUUUGAGUACAACACAAUAGCUGGACGAAUAAGGGAGUUGGCUUUCCUUAACCCAAAGCUUACAAUUGCGCUUAGGAAAGAGGACAAUGAUCCAGAAAAGGUCCAAUCUAAUGAGUAUUUCUAUGCUGGGGGAUUGGCUGAAUAUGUGCAAUUUCUUAACACGGAUAAGAAAGCUGUUCAUGAUGUAUUGAGUUUCAGAAAAGAAAUAGAUGGAAUCACAGUUGAUAUAGCUUUGCAAUGGUGUGAAGAUGCAUACUCCGAUACAAUACUAGGAUACGCUAAUAGUAUACGAACUGUCGACGGUGGCACCCAUAUCGAUGGUAUGAAAGCUUCUUUAACAAGAACACUAAAUAGUCUCGGAAAGAAAUCAAAAGUUAUCAAGGAAAAGGAUAUUACUCUAAGUGGAGAGCAUGUGAGAGAAGGUUUAACAUGUGUUGUCUCAGUCAAGGUCCCAAAUCCAGAGUUUGAAGGACAAACAAAGACGAGGUUGGGAAAUCCAGAGGUGCGGAAAGUGGUUGAUCAAUCUAUUCAAGAAUAUCUUACCGAGUAUUUGGAACUGCAUCCAGAUGUUCUUGAUUCAGUGCUCUCUAAAGCUCUGAAUGCUUUCAAGGCAGCUUUGGCUGCAAAAAGAGCAAGGGAAUUGGUGAGACAAAAGAGUGUAUUGAGAUCUUCAUCUCUUCCUGGCAAACUCGCGGAUUGUUCAUCAUCAAAUCCUGAAGACUGUGAAAUUUUUAUAGUUGAAGGUGAUUCAGCUGGGGGAAGUGCUAAGCAAGGUCGUGAUAGGCGCUUCCAGGCUAUUCUGCCUUUGAGGGGUAAGAUUCUGAACAUUGAAAGGAGGGAUGAAGCAGCAAUGUACAAAAAUGAAGAGAUCCAAAAUUUAAUCCUUGGUCUUGGUCUCGGAGUGAAGGGAGAGGAUUUUAAAAAGGAUGCACUCCGUUAUCACAAGAUUAUUAUUUUGACUGAUGCUGAUGUAGAUGGUGCCCACAUUCGAACUCUGCUACUGACAUUUUUCUAUAGAUAUCAGAGAGCUUUGUUUGAUGAAGGUUACAUAUACGUUGGUGUUCCACCACUUUACAAGGUUACAAGGGGAAAACAAGUGCACUAUUGUUACGAUGAAGCUGAUCUUAAAAAACUUAAGAGCUCAUUCGCCCCUAAUGCAUCAUACAACAUGCAAAGGUUCAAAGGGCUGGGAGAGAUGAUGCCUUUACAACUGUGGGAGACAACCAUGGAUCCAGAACAGAGGUUAUUGAAGAAGUUGACGGUCGAAGAUGCUGCCGAAGCAAAUAUUGUGUUUUCCUCCCUUAUGGGUGCUCGGGUGGAUGUUCGGAAGGAGUUGAUACAAAAUGCUGCAAACAUGAUUGAUCUUGAUCAGCUGGAUAUUUGAUGAUGCAUCAGGGUGUGGAAGAAAUAGGAUAUUUUUCUUAUUAACCAUACAUUACAUCGUAGUCAAGCACAGAUUUUUCGAUAUGCUAGUGGAAGAUCAAAUGUUUCUCUUAAUUGAAGCCAGGCGCUCCUGUUGUGUUCCUCGGUGGCAUUUUUGUGAUUUGAAAGCAUUAUUCACUGGCCAGAUGGAUUAGUCAUUUGCAGUUACUGGGAAUUUUUUUUGAAGUCUUGUUGAAAUCUAAUUUGAUUUCUUCAAAUCUGACAAGUGCACAUUUUUCUGAUUCAAUUUUGUGUAAUUUUAUCAUACGCUUUCAGAUGUUACCCUUCAAAAGUUACCAGCUCCUGAAAUGUGUUUGAUUAUGCCAUUUUAGAAAGUAAGUUAUAGUGUAAUAAAUCAAAAUAACCUGAAUAACUUUCAAUAACUUUAUUAAGGGGAUAGUUGUCUUUUAUUUAUUGUA